AAAUAUCUAAAGUCCCCCCCACCCCCCCACCGCCCCCGGGUCUGGCAAGCCAGCAGUUCAGAUAAAACCACUCCAGACAUAGAAUCUGAAAUCCUUAAGGAUUGCUGCCUUGCCGCCUGUCAAGUCCUUCACAAAUUCCACCUCCUCCUUUGAGACAUAAGACACGCUAUGCCUGUGCCGUGAAUAGUCCUAGGAAGUUUUUAUACCUUUUGUAAGACUGUUCUCUUCUUUCCUUUUCCUUUUUUAGCACCUGCCUGAGCAGCCCUGCCUUUCUUCUACCUGUCACCAUGUUCGUGCACUGGGCUGAAGUUGACAAUUCCCUUCUCAUCUAUACUGGAGCCACCAUGCUCUGUGGUGGGGCAAUAUUUUAUCGCGCCAAGAAGAACCGAAUGGAAAAAGCAACCCCUUUGUGCUGCAGCCUCCUGUUUCUUUUGACUUUGGAAAUCCUGUGCUUUUCCACCCUGAGAAGCUCUCUGGCCUUGGCUUUAUUCUCCCUGGCGUGCCUCACGUUUUGCUUUUGCACUCCUGCGCGAGCCUUGUUGCCUGUGGAUCGUAAAGCCGUGCUCAUCACAGGAAGUGACACUGGAAUCGGCCAUGAGCUCGCAAAGUAUCUUGACCGUUUAGGAUUUACUGUAUUUGCCAGCGUUUUAAAUGCCGAAGGACCUGGUGCAAAAAUGCUGAAGGAAACCUGCUCAGAGAGACUUUCCGUCCUGCAACUGGAUAUCACUAGUUCAGCGCAAAUAAAGGAUGCUUAUCUUGAAAUAAGACCGAAGUUGCAAAAUGCAGACCUUUGGGGUGUUAUCAACAAUGCAGGAAUAUUGGGGUUUGUAGCUGAUGGCGAAUUGCUUCCCAUGAGUUCUUACAAGCAGUGCAUGGAUGUAAAUUUCUUCGGCCCUGUUGAAUUAUCCAAAACGUUCUUACCGUUGCUUCGGAAAUCCAAGGGAAGGCUUAUUAACAUCUCAAGUAUGGCAGGAGGAAUACCAAUGCCUCGAUUUGCUGCCUAUGGAGCGUCCAAAGCAGCCUUGUCCAUGUUUUCUGGAGUCAUAAGGCAGGAGCUAUCAAAAUGGGGCAUUAAAGUUGCUGUUCUUCAUCCAUCAGCCUUCAAAUCAUCAAUUGGAGGGAAUCCUGAAGACUGGAUUAAGGAAGAACAGACUCUUCUGGAGACACUAACGCCAGAUGUGAAGAAAGAUUAUGGUGAGGAUUACAUCCAUAACCUGAGGAGUUUCUUUAGUCAGAUGAAUUCAGUCUGCUCACCAGAUCUCUCACCAGUGUUCUCUGAUGUUCUACAUGCUUUAUUGGCUGAGCAUCCAAAAGGUUUAUACACUCCAGGCAAGAAUAGUUACUUAUACCUUCUCAUGUUCUGCUGUACUCCUCUCUGGUUUUAUGAUUUUUUCAUGAGCAAAAUAAUAAAUAUCCCUUGCAUGCCUUAUGCUCUCAGAACAGCAAAGACCAAAAACAGUUCCUAAGUUGAGCAGGAAGUCCAUGUAUCCUUUGAAAUUGAAGAAAGUAGUCCGCCACAUUUUUGAUGAUUCGUGAUCUUUAUUUGAUAAGUUAUUGUUCAGCUAAUUAUGUGAGAUAAGACAUGCGUAAAUAAUACAGAGAUCUGGAGAUAGAUAUAAAUAUAAGCAUAGAUUUAGGGUGGUACAGAAAGGGAGUUUUAACAUUAUAAUAGCUCUGUACAUUUCGUCUUUCUUUUGAGUAGCUUUUCCUGGAAUUUUCCAUUGUAUUUUAUGGCAGUGCUGAAGAAAGUCUUCUCUUUCCCAAACAUUCAUAUUAAUUUUUCUUACCUUUUGUUUGCCCCAAUCAAAUCAAUACACAUUUUGUGGCCAUCAUGUACACUAUAUUCUUUUUUCCCAUGAUCUUGCUCAGGAGUUUAUAAAAGAAAAAUAAAAUCACGCUUACCUGAAGACCUCCUCCUGAAAACUAUAGGGGAAGAAUUGAACU